CUUUUUUUUUUUUUUUUUGUUCACCUUAUUUUUCCCUUACAGCUUAGUUAUUUUAUAUUGCACUUACUUUUUAUUAUCUCCACCACCCUAGUAAAACUUUAAAAUAAUGCUCAGACGUAUGAACUGAAAGAAAGUUUGCUUUUCUCUCCCGUUUUCCUUUUUCGGACAUCUUUCUUUGGUUGGCAUUUGUAACAAGAAAAUGAAGUGGUGGCUCGCAUGUCGGUGGCUGCUGCUGGUGAGUGUCACGGUUGAACUUGUCUCGUUUGUGAAUGGAUACAAGUUACAGUCGAGCAAGUCCAUGCGCCAGUUGGCGCAACUUUCGGAAUCUGGUCGGCUGGACAUUGACGGUCCACUAUUGAAGCCACUGCUAGUGGAACGCGUGUCAGGCACCGAAAGCAAUCGACGUGUGCAAGAGUUCAUUGCAGCUCACUUUGUGUCAUUGGGAUGGCACGUGGAACUCGACAAUUUUACCGACACCACUCCGGAUGGACCGGUGCAGUUCACCAAUAUCAUUGUGACCAAAGAUCCCACCGCCGAAAAGCGAUUGGUGCUUGCCGCCCACUUUGAUUCUCUGCGUAAACCCGACUAUGCGUUUAUUGGCGCCACCGACUCGGCGGUGCCGUGCGCGAUUCUGAUGGAUAUAGCAACCAGUCUGAACCGAGCAUUGGACGACCCAGCUGCGCAUAAGAAAGGAACGACGUUGCAAAUGAUAUUUUUCGAUGGGGAAGAAGCGUUCAAGAAAUGGGGACCGAAAGACUCGAUUUACGGAGCGAGGCAUUUGGCAGAACGGUGGAGUGCGCCCAGGAUGAUCGACAGUGAUAUAACCGGCCCAACAAGUACGACGACCAAUCAACUAGCCGAGAUUGAAGUGCUGGUGCUUUUGGAUCUGCUGGGUACCACGAACCCCUCGAUUCCUAAUUACUUCCCGGCCACCAGUGGGCUUUUCCAAAAACUGUUUCGGCUGGAAGCUCGAUUGCAUCAAUUAAAGUUGCUGGAAACCGUUUCAGUCAAGACAGGGGAAGCGCUGUUACCCAUUUUCGAUCCUCACUCGCCCAUGACUUUCCAAAGCUACGCUAUUGAAGAUGAUCAUGUGCCGUUUCUGCGUCGAGGCGUCGAUAUCCUUCACUGCAUCCCUUUUCCUUUUCCAGACGUUUGGCAUAAUAGCGGUGAUAAUGCGGAUUGUAUCGAUCCAUCAAUGGUGCGCAACCUGGCGAUCCUGUUUCGUAUCUUUACAGCCGAGUAUCUGGAAGUGGAUCUACUAUUUCACGAUGAGCUCUAGGGUAUGAGCUGAUGAUAAAAAAAAUGAAAUGGUAAAUAAGGAGACACAUGGUGCAUCGCUCGAUUUGGGUCCUCCCGUCACGCAAAAAUUUCUCCCUUUCAAUUUGAGCACAGUGAUUGACUUGAUACUUUAUUAACCUACGCUCAUCCUCGGCCAUCAGCUAUCACUUUUUCUUCUU